CAAGCGCAUAGUAUUGGCUUAGUUUAAUAGAGUUUAUCGGCCGUUACGCACCUGUGCUACAAAACGAAUAUUUUUUUUUUUUUGUUAUUUUAAAAAUAGGAUUUUAGAAUCCUCAAAUUUGCCUUUCUAUUAUUACAAACGAAUUUCUUGUGAAUUUGGCUGUGCAUUUAACAAUAAACUGUUGCGUUCAUUGUACUGUAAAUUAGUGUAUUUUGUUAUGCGAUUGUGUAUGGAUAAAGUGAAUGCAACUUACAAUAAAAAAAAUAAUUUAGGAAAAUGGCCAACAGUCAGCUUUGUUAUUUGGUGAAAACGAAUUUAUGUUUAUAAAUUGGCUAAAGUGUAAAACACGCAGUACGGUCGAAUGGUAGCUUAGACAAAAUAAAUGUGGUAGCCGAAAUAGUGAUUGGUUGUUGUGUGUUAAGGUGAAAAUUAUUUGUUUAUUUCAAACGAAUCGUUUUGAAUUGUACCUAAGAAAUAAGGGAAACUAUUACAGAAUAGGAAUAAUGUUCAUAGCAAUGUAAAUUGCAUUGUUUGGAUUUACAUUGAUGGAUAUUGCUUACCGGAUACAAAUUAGGAAUUGGAUUACGAACGCAAAUGGAUUAUCGAAAUAAAUCUCGGAUAAGCUAAGACACAAGCAAAAUGCCAACUGAAGGAGGAGCGACAAUGGAAGAGCUUGCUCUUCCUCUGGUUCGAUCACGGAUGGACCAGUUUCUGCAUAGUGCGUCAUCCUCUGGUUCAACGUCAUCGGGACAAACCAUAAGGAAUUCGUCCGGGGGAAGAACGCCAUCAAACGGUGGAAACAGUUAUGAAGCCCAACUCGUGUAUCAGCAACAUUUGGCUGCAGGAAUGUUAAAUCAGGCGGCCCAGCAUCAUCAUCGUGAAACGUCAGCUUUCGUUCCGGUAUUGCCAUCGCGUGGCAUGCGAACGUCAAUGUACGGUGGACUGUUAGAUUCACCCGAGCAGAGUGAUAGCGGUAGCAAAAGAGGUUCAAACUACGAACUAAUAGCCAUGAUGGCUGAUAAGCGUAAAGAAUUGGCUCUGCGUGAUGCAGCGGCAGCUAUGUUGUUGCCUAGAAGUGGUGUAAGUUCAACACAAGGACCGUCCGGAAUAUAUGGUCCAUCGAAUGCGUAUCUGUCUGGCCCUGGACCGUCACCAACAGCUACGAACAGUUUUGUGUUUCCACCGAAUGCGGCGAGCCUAUUUCCACCAGGUGUACCUGGAAUGCAUAAUAGCUUGGACCGUCGAUUAUUGCGUGCACCGGGCCGUGCAGCAAGACCGAAGAAACAAUUUAUAUGCAAAUUUUGCAAUAGACAAUUUACGAAAUCUUAUAAUUUAUUGAUACACGAACGUACCCAUACGGAUGAGCGGCCAUAUUCAUGUGAUAUUUGUGGUAAAGCAUUCAGACGACAAGAUCAUCUACGAGAUCACAGAUACAUCCAUUCGAAAGAGAAGCCGUUCAAAUGCACAGAAUGUGGCAAGGGAUUCUGUCAGUCACGUACAUUGGCUGUACACAAAAUUUUGCAUAUGGAGGAAUCGCCACACAAAUGUCCGGUUUGCAGCCGAAGUUUCAAUCAGCGAUCAAAUCUCAAAACACAUUUGCUCACACAUACCGAUCACAAACCGUAUGAGUGUUCAGCGUGUGGGAAAGUUUUUCGUAGAAAUUGCGACCUAAGGCGCCAUGCACUCACCCAUGCGGUUGGCGAUAUUCCAGCAGAAGUUUUGGAUGUUGGCGACGAUGAGCGAAUUUUAAGUGAUGAAGAGGACACAGUAUUAGAAGUGGAUUCUCCCGUUCAAAGUCCAGUUGCACGGUCGAGGUCACCCUCUCUGGCAGCAGUUACGCGACCUGACUCACCUGAAAUUGAAAAUGAAGAUCAUAUCGCAGACCGACCUAUCGAAAGUGAAUUAGAGUCCGAUUUAAAGGGUAUGAAUGAACCGCCAGAAAUUACACACUGUCAUCACGAUGGUGGUCAGUCCCACUAUACGAUGAGGCCACAGAACGAGUAUGGUCAUCAAGUUCACCCGUCACAGUACUCAAUGCUCAGACAUAUGUCACAACAUAUGGGAAAACCAUCCGACACAUUUGUACCAAUGUUACAUGUGCGACGGGACUUGCAUCACAAGAAUCCCAGCACUGCCACCAACAAUUCAAAUGUACCACCGACAACCUUACUGGAAACUGGUCCCAGUUUUUUGGGUUCCAUUCCAAUUCGUAAACGACCGCUUGGAAUCGAUCUAGAACCACAUUCAAUGCUUAGUCGACCAUUUCCUAACACACCUCCCGUUGGUCAUCCAUUGAAUUUGUCGGGACAGUCGAAUCUGCAGGGCAAAUCACUAGAAGAUACGAUCCCAGCAUCAACAAUUUCAAGCGAAAAACCUCGUGACUUACUACCAGCAGCAGUACCGUCACCAAUUCCACCAAUUUUAAGCCACAUCAAUCACACAAUGCCGUCAAUUGGUCUCAACGUUUCGCGAAACACAAUCGGAAUUUCACCACAACAACAAGAUCUACAGCAUCAACAGCAACUUCUAAUGAUGCCACCGACAAUACCUCAACAUCAAAGUCAACCAGCAGAGAUGUUGAAACAAUCAUCCCAACCAGCAAAACACUUACAGCCACCUCAACCAGCUGCGCCUCCUAAAAGAACCGGAUUUAGUAUCGAGGAUAUAAUGCGACGGUAAUGUGCAGAUGGGAAUUCGAAUAAUCAUUUAACGGGACCAAGUAUAAAUUUUACAAAAUUAGUUAGUCCAUGUGUGCAGAAGAAGAGGAAGUGAUUCAAGACUCCAAAUUAAGAUUUGUCUGCGGACAGGUAAAUGUCAUGGUUGUUCGUGACGACGAAUUUGAAAAUUAUCUUCAUAUCACAAAGAGCUCGGGUCAAAUUAAGCACAGUGUCCAACAGUGUUCUACAGUUUCAGUUCUUAGCCGUGCCACUCAUGUUUGAAGCGCGAUGGAUUUUUUUUCUAAUGUUUCUCGAUUUUUUUGUGCAAAUUUAUUGCAUCUCUAUCAGUACAUUCAAAUCGUGGGCUAAUUCACACUUACUUACUUGCUUAGAAAUCUGUUGCUCUGACCAACAGUGGAAACAAUCCUCCCACUAGUUAAAACAAACAUUUUCGAUAAGCAAAAAUGAGAGAAGACACGUGGAGUUCCUCCACUGGAGGACGCAGAAGAACCGUUAAAUUUACGGCGUAAAUUCCAUCAACAUUAAUUUGGGAUCAAGUCGGUCUUUUUUCGCAUAAUUCUUCUUAGUUCUAUUACUGAAAUAGAAUUGAAAAAAAAAAUAGCGGUAAAGCACAACCAAUUUUUCUUCGUUAUUUUGACAAUUGCAUUGUUAACAGUGUUGAGAUUAUGGCUUCAUUUUAUGACGUUUUGACGUUUAAAAUGUCACUUUUACAGACGUAAAAGACCGACUUUCGAUCUUAAAGCUGUAAUCGUACUUACGCCGUUUAGCUCUUCGUUUAGUUCUUAACAAUGGAAAGUUUGAGGAGCUUCCAUUGUUCGAUCGUAAAUGGAGAGCUAUGCGGCGUAAGUGCGUGGAGACCUUAACUGUCACCAAUAACAGAAGCAACAUUGAAACGAGCCAUCAGAACAGUCGGAGCGUUUGCUGCGACUGAGCCCCGUACAAACCCGUAUAUCUAUUGCGUACGAA